CCCAAUUUUUUAAUUCCAUCUUUCUUCAUUUUGUGCAAUUGUUCUAGUGAGAGAAACUCUCUCCCUUUCUCUCUCUAAAGUAAAAACCCUAUUGCUUCCUUCGCAACCGAACCCAACCCAACAAUGGCCAAUAGUAACCUACCUCGAAGAAUCAUCAAGGAAACGCAGCGUCUGCUCAGUGAGCCAGCACCUGGAAUUAGUGCUUCCCCCUCCGAGGAGAAUAUGCGAUAUUUCAAUGUGAUGAUCCUCGGACCGACCCAGUCACCUUAUGAAGGAGGAGUUUUUAAGUUAGAACUAUUUUUGCCAGAAGAAUAUCCAAUGGCUGCUCCAAAGGUCAGAUUUCUAACAAAAAUAUAUCAUCCAAACAUUGAUAAGCUUGGCAGGAUAUGUCUCGAUAUCCUUAAAGAUAAGUGGAGUCCAGCCCUUCAGAUACGCACUGUUCUUUUGAGCAUUCAAGCACUUCUGAGUGCACCAAACCCUGAUGAUCCACUUUCUGAGAACAUUGCCAAGCAUUGGAAGUCUAAUGAGGUCGAGGCUGUUGAAACAGCGAAGGAAUGGACCAGAUUAUAUGCUAGUGGCGCCUGAUGAUGUUGGGUUCAAACUUUUGUCCCCAAAAUAACAAUGGUGAUGGUCAAAUUGAAUUGGAUAUCUGGAGGAAUCGUUAAUGUUUCUUAUAGCUUCCAGUUACCUGAUAUUUUCUUCUCUUGGAAGCUGUCUUAUAUUGGAACUAGUAUGAAUAUGUGUUGGUCAUUUACCUGUCUUACAUUUUAGAACCUGCUUCAUCUUAAACUGCCAAGUAAUUUGGGAUUCUCAAACAUCAAAGUCUAAAAUCUGUGAAUAAGUUUGUUUUCAUUUUGAA